UGUCAUGUGACGUAGUCACGAGAGUAACGGGCGGAUAUUUUCAAAAUGGAAGAAAUUGCAACGUUUUGGAGGGGAACACAAGAACAACAUUUAUUUGCCCUCUGAGGACUCACACACCGACUACCGAUGCACUCUGUCGGUUAAGGAAUAUUAUUACGAACCCGCGGGCAUCUGCAACCCGAACAGCAGCACGAUGAGCGCUUCGAUCGGCGAUAAGAUUGAGGUGAGUCGUCUCGUCGGCUGGACGCCCACAAGCCGUCUUCACACUAACGUUUAGGUUGAGGCGAGCUGGUACACAGCUGCCUCGCCGUGCAGUUCAACGAAGCUUUUCUUUACAUUUCAACUUUUAAAGUGGCAAGAAAGCGUUCAAUUUGAUCCAUUUAAUUAAAAUGUUUCAAACGUUUAACUUUCCGCUAAUGCUGUGAAGUUGACGCCUUUUUAAUUAGCUAGCCACCUGUGUUAGCAUUAGCUUCUUUAUCGCCUUGUUUGUUGAUACAUGUGUUGUUUUUUUCUCCCUUUUUUAAAAUGUUUUAAACUUGCUGGCAUGACUAUGUUUUACGUCGUGAUGUCGGGGCUUCCAGCCGUGUGUUGCAGCCUCUGCACUCCGGUGUGUAACCUUACCCCGGCUCCCCCGGGACCAACCGUGUGGUUCCUCCCCAGUGCAUCAGUUUGGUCGUUCACCAUGCUGCCUGGAAACGGCUCCAAGUGGUCCUCGUUAGCGGGAAGAGAGCCGGGAUAAUUAAAGUUUUGGUUGGCCAUCUGACAGCGUCAGCUGUCCGUGGCUUGUUUGACAGUUAACGUUUGUUGUGGGAGGAUUUCUCCUCUGCGAAGUCGCAGUCGUUAGAUUCUUGUUUUGCUGCACACCGACAUGUUGCAGGCUAGAGGGACGAGGUGUGAUCACGUUAGUCACUCUUUCUUCAAACAUCUCUCUGCUGACGCCCAAGGCAGAGAUGAGGAGGAGUGUUUCUCUUAUGCGCAGGAGCUCAGGAUCGAGGAUUUAAGGUCCUCACACUCCUUUGGCAAAGGCUCCUUUGCAUGUGUUUACCGGGCAAAAUCAGUGAAAACUGGUCUGGAGGUUGCUAUCAAAACGGAUUGACAAAAAGCAAUGCACAAAGCCGGUAUGGUCCAGCGUGUGAUAAACGAGGUGGAGAUCCAGUGUCGAUUGAAACAUCCUUCUAUACUUGAGCUGUACAACUACUUUGAGGACAGCAACUAUGUGUACUUGGUGUUGGAGAUGUGCCACAGUGGGGAGAUGAGUCGGCACCUUAAAGAGCGGGAAAUGCCUUUCUCAGAGCUGCUUACCCUUUUAAAUCUUUGCUCCACAGCAAGACAUUUCAUGCAUCAAAUAGUGAAAGGAAUGCUGUAUGUACAUACCCACGGCAUCUUGCAUCGAGAUCUGACGUUGUCAAACCUUUUGCUGUCGAGCAACAUUAACAUUAAGAUAGCAGACUUUGGCCUGGCCACUCAGCUCAAACUCCCAAAUGAAAAGCACUUUACCAUGUGCGGGACACCCAACUACAUCUCUCCGGAGGUGGCCACUCGCAGCGCUCAUGGUCUUGAAUCCGAUGUCUGGUCACUGGGGUGCAUGUUCUACGCCUUUCUGAUGGGUUACCCUCCGUUUGACACUGACACAGUCAAACACACUCUGUCUAAAGUGGUUCUUGAGUAUGAGAUGCCUAGCCAUGUUUCUCGAGAGGCUCAGGACCUGAUCCAUCACCUGCUGCAGAGGGACCCGCCCAAUCGGCCCAGCCUUUCUGCAGUGCUGGACCACCCAUUCAUGACCAAAAUCGUCUUGGUUAGGACCAAGGAGCUGGGGUUGGGGGAUGAAGGCUCCAUGGACAGCGGCAUUGCCACCAUCUCCACAGCCUGCACCUCCUCCACCUCGGCCAGCAGCAAUACCCGCCUCCAGAGGAGAACCAGGCACAUGAUUGGCUCUGCCCUUCCCAACCGAAUGGCACCUAUUCCAACUCUUCCACGCCAACCCAACCACGCCUGUUUUGAAGACGGAGACCAGUGGCAGCAGCAUCCGGCCGACAGAUUUCACAGAGAGGGAAGGAGCAGGGGGUGUCAUGGUGGAGACAGUGGGCAGCCGCAAUCUCGCUACCUGAGAAGGGCUCACUCUUCAGAUCGCUCCAGCUCAUCUGCCACAGGCCAGGGGUCGAGUCACGCUGAACUGGGGAGAUGCCACUCGGAGGAGAGUCUUACUGGUUUAGAAAGACCGGUCUUUCCAAUGUCCUCCACUCAGCACCCAUUUUCAGAGCAUGGAAAGCACCCGUCACAAAAUCCUGGGUAUUUGUUUUCCACACAGACUGCACAUCCACCAAACUUGCAAUUUCAAGACCGGGAGGGAGUUACUAAUUGGCUCAAUAAUGAAGCUUCUGGGCAGAGGCCCGCAGACGGCAGCACUCACAGCAGCAGCGGCAGCUUCCAUAGCAGCAGAGGUCCUUUAGGGGUUCACAAUUCCUGGACAGACAAGCCCAUGAGCCGAGGUGUGAACCCUCACCACAACCAGCACUCCAACUCUGACUCAUACAGGGAAAAUAUACCUGGAGCAGAGUUCCAACCUCCUCAUGGCCGAGAAUUAAAGCUCCCUUCAGCCAAACCCAGUGUGGACAUAGAGAAGAAAACGCUGAGAGACAUAGUCCCGCCCCUGUGCGCCUCCAGACUAAAGUCUAUCAGACAGAAGACCAAAAAUGCUGUUGUGAGCGUCCUGGACACAGGAGAAGUGUGUAUGGAGUUGUUAAAAAGCCACAGUGGUCAAGAGAGGGUCAAAGAAGUCCUUCGGAUUUCCGGUGAUGGUUUGAUGGUGACAAUAUAUCAGCCCAAUGGUGGAAAGGGAUUGCCUGUCCUGGACUGUCCUCCUGCUCUUCCAGAAGAUAUUCUGAUCUGUAGCUAUGGGGACCUUCCAGAGAAAUACUGGAAGAAGUACCAAUACGCCUCCAGGUUUGUGCAGCUCGUGAAAUCCAAGACUCCUAAAGUGACAUUUUACACCAAGUAUGCAAAGGUCAUGCUGAUGGAGAACUCUCCUAAUGCAGACCUGGAAGUUUGCUUUUAUGAUGGAGCAAAGACUCACAAGACGACAGAGUUGGUGCGAGUGGUGGAGAAGAGCGGGAAGUCGUACACCGUGAAGGGCGAGGUGGGGCUGAGCGGCCUGAGCCCAGAGAGCAGGCUGUAUGUGGAGAUGUCUGAUGAGGGCCACGGCAUGUGUUUGUCCUUGGAGGCCGCCAUCACAGCCGAGGAGCAGCGCAGCGCCAAGAAGAUCCCCUUCUUCCCCAUAACUAUUGGCAGGCGACCCGCCAACCCAGACUCCCCGUGCUCAUCGUCCCUGCCUUCCCACCCGGUGCCUCCGGAUACAGCGUCGCCUCCUCAACCUCCCAAAAUCACUCCUUCAAUGAUCUCCUAUGACGGGUCAGAUUUUACCACAGCCAGCCUGAGUAAGAAAACCUCCCCAUUGCGACAGCACAUGGUGCAAAACACAGGAAAAGUGGUUAAGUCGAUAUUUGUGCCCAAUGUUGGAUGGGCAUCCCAGCUAACGAGUGGAGAGGUGUGGGUGCAGUUCAAUGAUGGGUCCCAGCUGGUGGUUCAGGCUGGAGUUUCCUGCAUCACCUACACAUCUCCAGAGGGGAGGAUCACCAGGUAUAAGGACAACGAGAAGUUGCCAGAGCAAGUCAAGGAGAAACUGCACUGUCUCUCUACCAUCUUGGGACUGCUGGCAAACCCCACAGCACAUCUACAACCUCAUUAGCACAACAUCCCAGCAGCACAGAGGCCUGGCAGGGAUCAGAAAGUAGCUUUAGAAACCUAUAUUGUCUUUUGUUCUUGUAAAUAUAUCUGUUUGUUUUUUUACGUGUACAGAAGACUAAGAUUAUGAAAAGAUAUAUUUUUUUUAAAAUAAGCAACCGUUUUGUCUCAUUGG